CUUCAGGCUGGAGUUGAGGUGAAGCUGUUGCGCCUUGCCCACAAGCGUGGCGCGUGGAGUGGGGUGGGGGGCGUCCCACGGGGGCGCCCGGAGUUAAGAUGGCGACGGCAGCUGAUCAGGACGCAGAAACGUUAGCCAAGCUAGUGGUCGGGGUCCUGCACGUUGCGGUCGAGGAACAUUGGCUUAGGAAGUUGGCGGUGUACCUUGGUGCCUCAGAGCAGGCGUUGCGGCUCAUUAUCUCCAUCUUCCUAGGAUACCCCUUUGCCUUGUUUUAUCGACAGUUCCUUUUCUACAAGGAUUGCUACCUCAUCCAUCUCUUCCACAUUGUUACGGGCCUCUCAAUUGCCUAUUUUAACUUUGGAAACCAGCUCUACCACUCUCUGAUAUGUGUGGUGCUACAGUUCCUCAUUCUUCGGCUGAUGGGCCGCACUGUUACUGCUGUCUUGACCACCUUCUUCUUCCAGAUGGUCUACCUUCUUGCUGGUUACUUUUACACAGCCACCGACACUUAUGACAUCAAAUGGACAAUGCCACACUGCGUCCUGACCUUGAAAUUGAUUGGUCUGGCUGUUGACUACUAUGAUGGAGGGAAAGAUUGGAAUUCCCUGUCCAUUGAGCAGCAAAAAUAUGCCAUUUUGAGAGUCCCUUCCCUGAUGGAAAUCGCUGGUUUCUCCUACUUUUAUGGGGGCUUUUUGGUGGGGCCCCAGUUCUCCAUGAACAACUACAUGAAGCUGGUGCAGGGACAGAUGACUGAUAUACCAGGGAAGAAAUCUAACAGUAUUCUACCUGCUCUCAAGCGUCUGAGUUUGGGCCUCUUCUACCUGGUGGGCUAUACUCUGCUCAGUCCCUAUAUCACAGACGAGUAUCUCCUCUCCCAGGACUAUGAAAACCGCCCCUUCUGGUUCCGCUGCCUGUACAUGCUAGUUUGGGGCAAGUUUGUGCUCUACAAAUACGUCACUUGUUGGCUGGUCACGGAAGGAGUGUGCAUUCUGACUGGGCUGGGCUUCAAUGGAUUGGACGAGAAGGGACAUCCACUGUGGAAUGCUUGUGCCAAUAUGAAAAUAUGGCUAUUUGAGACCAAUCCCCGAUUCACUGGCACCAUUGCCUCCUUCAACAUCAACACCAAUGCCUGGGUGGCCCACUACGUCUUCAAGAGGCUCAAGUUCCUUGGGAAUAAAGUGGUGUCCCAGGGCCUGUCCCUGCUUUUCUUGGCCCUGUGGCAUGGGCUGCACUCAGGCUACCUGAUCUGCUUCCAGAUGGAGUUCCUGAUCGUUAUUGUGGAGAGACAGGCUGCCAGCCUAAUUACAGAGAGCCCAGUCUUGAGCAAGCUGGCAUCCAUCACUGUCCUGAAGCCCGUCUUCUACCUAGUGCAGCAAACCAUUCACUGGCUAUUCAUGGGUUAUUCUAUGACUGCCUUUUGCCUUUUUACAUGGGAUAAAUGGCUCAAAGUCUACAAGUCUAUCUAUUUUCUUGGCCAUGUCUUCUUCCUGAGCCUCCUAUUCAUAUUGCCUUAUGUUCACAAAAUAAUGGUGCCAAGGAAAGAAAAAUUAAAGAAAGCAGAGUAACCUGCUUCCGUGGUGGCCUACAAUGGGACUGGUACAGGAGCUAUUGCCUCCCUUUUUAUGGGACUCCUUUGCCCUGAGAACAUGCAGAAGAUAGAAGCAAGGACUGUGAAGGCACGUCAGCUCCAACAGAUCUCCUUUGCCAGCUAAAGGGAAAGAAACCCUGGGGGAAUGUGGAGGGACCCAUCUCACUUGGGCUCCCCCACAUACACUGCCUUAUCUCUCCCCUUCCAGCUGGGAAUCUGUUUUCUUUUCUGCUGAUUUACUAUGAUUAUACAUGUGCCGAUACCACAACCGCCUCCCAAUGGAAGGGAAGGGACACUGGUUCUACCUGCUUCAUUUUUCUACCUUGGAAUUGUACCAGAUAAAACCACUUCUGUUUGUUCAGUUUUU